AUGGCGUUUGUGCUCUCGCUCCUGCUGUACACACGGUUUGCGGACAUCCCUACGCGCGUCGCCAUCGAGAACCAGUACGCUAGCAUCCACAACAUGUCGUUUCCCGCCAUCACCAUAUGCUCACCGAACCAGAUCACGAUCAGCUCUGCUAAGCAUUUCCAGAAAACACUUGUAGAGGGAAAUAUUACCGUAGAUCUCAAAUCUGUUCUGCCGAGACUAUUGGGAUUCUACGAACUCUUCGGGGAUAAAAGACCGGAGGAAUUGGCCAACUUGCAAAGUUUAAUAACGCUAAAUAGAUAUAGUGAUCUGGUGUUUCAUAAAAUGAUGGCCAGGCCAUUCGGCAUUUCGGCGUUUAGUCCAUAUCAAAUUGUACAGGCUUUAGAGGUGAUGGGCAUGGUACCGCAGAGCUGCGAGGAUUUCCUGAAGCUGUGCUACCUCAAACAGAAGCCUUACCCCAGCUGCAGGGGACUGUUCCAGCCGAUACUGACCAAACACGGCAUGUGCUGUAUAUUUAAUAGCAUCUACAAAUAUAAUUAUAAAACAAGUUUCAGAAACGAAAGAGUUCAAAACUUUGAACCGUACAAAGCAUCGGUGGGCGGCAUGGGCGACGACUUGACGGUGGUGACGGACUAUGAGCCUAAUAACGCGCUCAGCGGGACUCUAGUCCUUGCGGGAGCAGUGCGGGUACGAAAGAUAAUGUUUACGGAACCAAACGAGUUUCCAGCAGAUGACGAGUCUAAUCUGGUCCACCCGUACUCAGAAUCAUUUCAUUCUAUUCAAGCCACUUAUACCUAUUGCUCAGAUGAAGUCACUACUUUGCCAUAUUGGAGCCGGCAGUGUUACUUCCAUGACGAGUACAAUUUGCCGUAUUUCAAGGAGUUCCACAACUCGGAAUGCGACCUGCUGUGCUUCGUGCACGCCGUGGAGAGCUUCUGCCACUGCACCAUGAUCUAUACCCCCCAUCUCAGAGCGCAUCGUGCCUGCAACAUCACCAGCAUAGACUGCAUUGUGCAAACUACACUGGAAAUGAACAAGUGGCACCGCGCCGACUCGUGCGAGUGCCUGCGCGACUGCGUGUCGGUCCGCUACCACGUCGAGGUCUCCAUCGGGAACCUGCAGGCGCUCCCGUACUUGGUGCACAAUCUUUAG